AGAAAGAAUGACAACGCAACCAUACUGAUAACCAUUUUUUUCUUUCUCUUCGCAAGAUGACAAGACAGACAUAAACGACAAAAUGAAGAAAAAAAAAAAACGAUUUCUUAUUUCACAUACUGUAUGUAUUCUGGCCGCUUGUCAGUGAAUUCAGUGGAUAUACCAAAUAUGUUUAGAUCAAAUCCAUCUUCAAUUCAUUCACUCAUUAUCGUUCUUAUUGUUCUGUUUAGUUCGGCUCAACAAUCAUGGAGUUAUAUUUCUUCAAUCGGUACCAAGUGUCACAUCCCAAAUGAAACAUCGAACGGAACGUGCACAAUUAAAGAAAAUUGUAUACCGUACAUGAAUUUAUACAUAAAUUCAAUAACAACCGAAAACAUAAAUUUUAUGCGUGAAUUACAAUGUGACAAUCGAAUUUAUAUGGAUGAAACCAUUGUAUGCUGUUCAAAUGGUUCGAGUUCAUAUCGCAAUCCCUCGGUGGUUAUUGACCUCGAAAAUUUGCCAAAGAGUACGGAUAACAAAGCCGAUGAUGACAGAAAUCCAAUCGUAACACCAUUCCAGGCUGGGGCACCAUUCAUGAUAACCGAUCGUUUCGAUCAAGACGACGAAGAAAGUAGCUUAUUGCCACAGAAAACCGAUUGCGGUAACGGAUAUCAUUCGGGAAAACGUAUUUUUGGCGGUGAUUUUACCAGCAUAUGGGAAUUUCCAUGGAUGGCAUUGCUGAUAUACAAUACUAAUUCGAGUAGACCGUAUGGCUGUGGGGGAUCGUUAAUCAAUAACCGAUAUAUAUUAACCGCUGCACAUUGUGUCACAGGCCAAUUGUAUGAAAGUAAAUCUGGUUUAAAAGGUAUCCGCCUGGGCGAAUAUAAUAUUGAAACGGAACAAGAUUGUAUGCCAUCAAAAACGGAAAGUGGUCAAAUUCUGAAAUGUGCUGAUCCGGUUGUUGAUGUGGGCGUUGAAAAAAUCAUCGUUCAUCCACAAUAUAAUGAUGCAUCAAGAGACAAACAUCACGACAUCGCUCUCGUUCGGCUCAAUACAAAUGUCUCAUAUUCAAAAUACAUUAAACCAAUUUGUUUGCCCAUCGUUGGCCUUAGCAGUGGAUUAAUUACCGGUAAUAAAUUAACAUCAUCAGGAUGGGGAUCAACCAAUGUAUUCAAACGAUAUGGUGAUGUAUCAAGUUCAAUAAAAUUGAAAGUACGUUUGCCCAUCACUGACAUGUACGAUUGCAUCAAUACAUACAAAUCUUACAAUAUAAACAUUGGACCAGGCCAAGUGUGUGCCGGCGGUAUGAGAGCGAAAGAUAGUUGUUUGGGUGAUUCAGGUGGUCCACUUAUGUAUUACGAUCGUAAAAAUGGCAUCUGGGUUGCAUCCGGCAUAGUCAGUUUUGGUGCAGAAAAGUGUGGAACAGUUGGAAUAAGUGGAGUAUACACGAAUGUUGAAUAUUAUAUGUUAUGGAUACUAAAUACCUUGGAGAAAUGACAUCGACUCGAAAUCACACAAACACCGAAAUAUUCAAUUGAGAUUUCUCAAUUUGAGAAAGAGAUAGAAAGAUUAUUCGUUGUUAAGUUAUUCAAUGUUCGUCUAAAUUAAUUUAUUCCAUGUUUUCAAAUGUACUGUGAGUGUUGGUUUGUAACACCGUACAGAUAUGUUAAAAAAAACGUGUACAUUUUUAUGUAAUAAAUUGUGGCAUUUUCAUUAUCUAAA